AUACUCAUCCUAUUGUCGUAUUGCAGUUAACAUCAGCACCUACCCAAAAUUACCAACUAAUGCAUGUAAGAAGUGUUUCAAGGGAUAACUUAAAUCAAGCACCUGAAGUUGCGACUUCAAGCGCAGCAUUAUCAAAAUUUAUUCGAAUCAUCGGUGAA